AUGGAGGACGCAAAGCUGCAGGCAAUUCACGACCAUCUUUCCCAGAAGAAACAGGAAAGAGGAAGUCGCGGCGGGCUGGGAAAGCGCAGCGCCUCGUUCCUCAACGAGGCGCCGCCUCCGGCGCCUGAGGGGGAAGGCCACGUCUACUUUAGCGACGACGAGGGAGAGACGGAGAAGAAGCAGAAGCGAAGAAAGGAGCGAGACGCCCAGACAGGACCGACCGGCAACUCAGCUUGUUCGCCUUCUCCUCUCUACGCGUUUUUUGUUCGCGGGGGAACCCUCGCUCCUUCUGUCCCCCCCGAGCAAGAUGCGUUCGCCGUGAACUCGAAGAAGUCUCGGCGGGCGAGUCAGACGAGCGCCGCGGCGGAAGGCUCGCCGGCUCUUCAGCCCGCAGCCGCGCCCGCCUCGUCGGCGCCUGAGAAAGCACAGGAAGGUUCUUUGUCGAGUUCCCAGAAGAAACGAAGUCGAAAGGAAGAGUCGAGUCCCUGCGAGGCCAAGGACGAGGAGAGUGAGAAGAAGGCGCAGAAGAAGAAGAAGCGCGAAGCUCGAGACGCGAAAGACGCAACGGACGAGCCUGUCCGGUGCGUGGCUGCUGCAAAGUGCGACAGGAGCGAGGCAGGAAAAGGCUCAGAAGACGAGAAAGACGACUCAUCUGUGUCGGCGUCUCUCCUGCGUCUCGCAGGCCUUCCUCUGCUCCGCUUUUCGCUCUCGCGGGCAGCCGUGCCGCCGUCUCUGGGCUCGUUUGCUUUGAAUGCUGUCCUGAGUGCGCUUCUUCAAAACGAAGACAUCGCGAACGGCGAAGACCCCAAAAAGACGAAGCAAAGAGGUGCCGAAAAGACGCGGUUUUUCCUCAUUCUCGGCGGCACGGGUUUGGUGGACCGCGUGCGGGUUCAAUCGAGUGGCAGCGACAAGAAACUGAAAAAAUCAACCCUGUUGCACAUCAAUGGCCUUCUACCGUUAGACAGUGACGGUGGAGAGUGUGCACGGCUUUUUGGAGCGUUCCAGCAACGUCACGAUGGCGCAGAAGAUGUCGAGGUUGUUUCAGGCUCGUUUCAGGCGGCGAGCUUCAUUUUGCCGAAGAAAGGCGAACUGGCCGUUUAUGGAUUCCCCUUGCCGUGA